AACCUCCAAAACAUAUCCUUUCAUAGCAAAAGACCCUACAUCUACCACCGUCAUCAUGUGCAUGAAGGCCACCUGCUCUACUUGCCAAAAAACCUCCUGGUGGGGCUGCGGCGCGCACAUCCCCUCGGUCAUGGAUGCCAUCCCCGAGAGUGAGCGGUGCACUUGCGCGCCCAAGGUCGAGCGGGAGGGCAAGUCCUACCCGCCCAAGGCGGCGCGGUGACUCCCUGGGUGUGUUGUUGUUUAGGUAGGCAAAGAGGGUGAUGGGAUGGUGGCGUUGGGGUGUUUGAGGGAGUUGGGCGAUGUGGGAGGGAUUCUGAUGAAGGUGACGAUACGUUAUACAUGUACUGUACGCAUGUGUUGAAUGAUGUGGAGAUAAGAGAAUAUCUCAUUGGACAUAAUAAAACACCGUACAACAUCAAAUAGAC